AUGAGGGCCAUCGUGACGGUACAACGCAUUGCCCGAGGAAUCGCGGCCCGAAACCGCGUGGCGGGAAGACGAAUUGCUGUCGAAAUGUUGAGGACCGCCUGCCUUGGAGUGGCGAUGGAAAUCAUCGAGGCGUACAUCCGCGAGGAUGUUGCUCCGGAUGUCAUCUCCGACGCACUCGGUGUGGGUUUCGAGGGUGUCCAUUCAGUGGUGUCGCAGAGGGCCGAAGCAGCUUCUGCCGCGCAUGCUAUCAUGGAAGAGACGGCCGCGUCGCUGAUUCGUGGGCUCGUGUCGAUGACGCUGGCAGAGGAAGCCGACAGCCACCUAGAUGUUGUCUACGUCAGAGAUCGAAGGAAUCCGUUGCUCGCGACGGUGGAUGAUUUGGUCUCCGAGGCGCUCAGGGUGUGGAUGAGAGAGGCAGUGACAGAGGUAGUGAAAGAGUGCGCCGAAGAGUUUUUGUUCGGGAAGCGAAUCUCGGUGCUUGUAGAAACGGUCCUCGAGGAAGGAGUAGUGGAGGCGGUGUGGCCAAUCGCUUCUGAGGUCUACUACAACGCCGCUGCACUGGCUUCGUUUUUAGAGAUCGAAGAAGAACUUUGCAGCAAUGAAGCAAGGUCGGUGGUUUCUGAAACCAUGGCACCCUUCGAGGACCAGCUUAUAGAAUUACAGAGGGAAAAGGAUUUUGCCGCUAUUCAGGCCACGGCGUACGGCGUGAUAGUCAAAGGGCUUCAGCUCCAGCACGCGGCCAGGACGGUGGGGCAGAGGGGCAAGCUGGUUGCCAUGAGCGACAUCCAUGGGAAGACCCUCAACCUCUUAUUGGCUGGAAGAUUCUUAUCUAUCCUGAGGGCCGCCGAGACCAAUCGUCUCCAAGUCUCCACCAGCCCCUUGCUCUUCAUGCUGUUUCGAAGGCUGGUUGUCAGGUAUCAAUCGAUGGUUGUCCGCUUCAAUGUUAAUGUUGCCUGGUCAACAAAUGCUCUCUAA